AUGAAUUACAAGAUCAAAAUUAACAAUGACUUUCAAACACUCUUAUAACUCAACCAAUCUAUAGAUGGUCAGUACAAAAAUCCUCAAUACCUUCCAUCUAUACAAGAUAGACAUGCCAGAAAUGAAAAUGGCUUCUUGAACAAUAAGAUUUAAGUGUCUAAGCCAAAUUACAACUAAAAUAGCAAGGGCAUUGUGAGCCCAUAAAAAUACACCUUCAAUAAUCUAUCAAGUUUGGAAUCAUUACCGUACAUUAAUAACAGCGGUUAUGCAGAAAAUCAAUAAGCAUAGAGAUAGGAUAACCCUUCUCAAAUGGGAGGAAAGAACAAAGAAUAUGAUGAUUUAAAAUUAAACCUUGAGAGAUACAAUGAUCUGAAAAGAGAGAUCAAGAAACUUUAGAGAACAUGA